AUGCGAUCAAUUCUUGUCUUCUGUUUUGCCAUCUUUUCGAUUGUUUUCACGAUAACUCCACAAAGACGAGCAAUCGGAUUUCAAAAUGGGGACUUCAAUUUCGAGUCGAUCAGUCAAAAUCAACAAAUCCAACAGCAUUUCCAGCAGAGGGCUCAAUUCGAGAAUCUCUUGAUGUCCAGACUAUUGGCCAUUAUUGAGAAAUAUAAUGCUAAGAACAAGAAAAUA